AUGGCAAAUCGUCCUCUCUCCAUCGACUGUUCCGCAAAGAGCUCUAGAUGGGCUCUUGUGAAGUUCGUCUGGCACCUUAAUACCCCCGAGCGACGAUUCAUACUGAUUGGGAUACUUGCAAGCGCCUUUGCCGGUGCAGGGUAUCCCAUCCAAGCGAUACUGUUCGGAAACGCAGUUGUCUCGAUUGUAUCUCCAGAUUCAGCAACCGACGGCCAUGAUCCCAAAUUCUGGGCCCUGAUGUACGUUGCUCUCGGAAAAUGCCAGUUCAUCUUUUAUACGAUCCAGGGAAUCUGUUUUGCCCUCACCAGCUCCCGUCUCGCCUAUCGAACACGUACCAAAGCGUUCACCUCUCUUAUCAACCAGGACAUGUCCUUCUUCAACCAGGUAGAGAACUCUUCUGGUACCCUAACCGCCUUCCUUGCCACCGAAGCUAGCAGAUUAACGGGUGUCAGUGGGACCACCUUUGGGGCAAUCCUCAAUAGUGUCAUGACACUCGUAGCAGCUAUCGCCGUUGCCUGCUCAUUCGGGUGGAAGCUGGGGUUAGUCGCAGCCUCUACCAUCCCCAUUCUACUCACGUGUGGGUUCCUACGGUUCUGGAUCAUAUCGUGGACCGAGUCCCACGCGGCCCGAGCCACCGAUGCAGCAGGAGCAGCAUGCGAGGCUGUUUCCGCAGUUACCACGGUCACUUCUCUCGGUAUUCAAGAUACCAUUGUCGACCGAUACUGUGAGAAGCUUCAAGCUGAACAACCCCAAACACUGCGCUUCAAUAUUGUAUCAAGUAUCAUGUAUGCGGCAAGUCAGUCUCUAGUCUUCUGGGUCACUAGCCUUCUCUUUUGGUACGGCAGCGUAAAGCUGGUUGCGUCAGGCGAAUAUAGCGUGCAACAAUUCUUUAUCUGUUUCACGGCCAUUGUCUGGAGCUCUCAGGCGGCUGGUAUGGUUUUCUCAUACGCGCCAGAUAUUGCAGGGGCCGGUAGCGCAGCAGCUCAACUGGUAGGGCUUCUUUUCACUCCCACCACAAUCGACGUCGGCCUUCAGCACGGUGAGGUUCCCGGACAAACUUCAACAGGUGUGAUGCUGUCAUCGGUGGAAUUCGAGUAUCCUUCCCCUCAUGGACCUUGUACAGUUCUACAAAACAUUAACCUGACGGCCAAGCAUGGCCAACUGACCGCCAUUGUCGGCACCAGCGGCAGUGGGAAAAGCACCAUCCUUGAUCUGAUUGAACGCUUCUACGAUCCCACCCGCGGCACCAUUCUAGUGGGUGGAAAGGAUGUCCGUGAGUAUAAGCUAGCCAAUCUCAGACGUACCAUGUCAUAUGUGGGACAAGGUGGGUGGAUUGUUGGAGGGACGAUACGAGACUGCUUGCUGAGCGAUGAGGAAAAUGUGUCGGAGGAUGAGGUCAUUGGCGCCUGUAAAAGCGCCAACAUCUAUGACUUUAUUAUCUCCCUUCCAAACGGGCUUGACACUCCGGUGGGUGGCAAAGGAAGUCGGGUUUCUGGAGGCCAGAAACAGAGAAUUGCCAUUGCCAGGGCACUGCUCCGGAAACCUAGGAUUCUGCUCCUCGACGAGGCAACCUCUGCACUGGAUACAAUUUCCGAGAAGCAUGUCCAAAGUGCUCUCAGUGGUGGAGGAGGAGAGCGGACAACAAUUGCAGUCGCGCACCGUCUGGCCUCGAUCGCUCAUGCGAAUUGCAUCUACGUGAUGGACCAGGGAAAAAUCGUCGAUUGUGGCUCCCAUGAGGAGUUACUUGCUCGGCAGGGGCUGUAUUGGCAGCUAUUUACACUUCAGGAAACAGACACUGGCUAA